UUAUUAUUAUUAUUAUUUCCCCUGACAGACCUUUAAUCACAAACAGCCAACAGUCUAGUCCAAUAAAAAAGUUGAUGUUGAUAAAAACAUAUUAUUGAAUCGCCUUACAACGCCGGCGCUUUAUUUCCAGUGAUAUCAGAGUGUGGUCUGACAGCAUCAACUGCUGAUGGUUCAAGAGAUAACUUGAAAUUUCAAGUGAAGAUGCGGAAUAAUAAUAUUUACCUUGACUACAAUGCAACGACUCCGCUGGCCCCAGAGGUCGUCGACUGCCUGAGGGAGGUCAACCCCCAUUACUGGGGCAACCCCAGCUCGCCAUAUCUUCGUGGGUUAAUUGUGAAAGAAAAGAUCGAAGAGGCCAGAACUAAUAUUGCUAAACUGGUUGGCACGCCGCACAGCGAAGACAUUAUAUUCACCUCUGGAGGAACAGAGUCUAAUAACAUGGUCAUUUUUGGCACAACCAAGUACUUAAAAGAGUGGAAUGAGAAACAAAAAAGUCCACUAAGUGGCAUUCCACAUGUGAUCACAACCAAUGUUGAGCACGAUUCUGUGAUCCUGCCGAUAAAACGACUUCAGGAAGAUGGUUUGAUAGAUGUUACCAUCGUUCCUGUCACUAAAAAAGGAGUGAUCGUUGCUGAAGAUCUACUGUCAGCAGUGAGACCAAACACUUGCCUGAUUACAAUGAUGAUGGCCAACAACGAAACUGGUGUCAUCAUGCCAGUAGCUGAAAUUGGAAGACAAUUGCAGAGAGUCAACCGGAAGCGCAUAGCAGACGGAUUAAUUAAAAUUCUGUAUCAUACUGAUGCAGCCCAAGCUAUUGGAAAAAUCCCUGUUGAUGUCGAGGACUUGCUAGUUGAUUACCUGACUAUUGUAGGGCACAAGUUUUACGGUCCUCGGAUAGGUUGUCUGUACGUACGAGGUCCAAAUUCUGCCACUCCUAUUUAUCCAAUGUUCUACGGCGGAGGCCAAGAAAAUGGAAUCAGACCCGGAACUGAAAAUGCUCCAAUGACAAUUGGCUUAGGGAAAGCAGCCGCUCUGGCUGCACAAUUUUUUAAUCAAAACCAGUCGCUGUUCAUUUGCUUCCGAGAGUAUCUAGAAGAAAAACUCAAAGAGAGAUUUGGAGAGUGUGCCGUAAUUCACUUCAGAAACCCUGACAUUCCGUUCUUGCCAAACACUUGCAGCGUUUCUCUGCUGACCAAUGAAAAAUUCUCAGGAUCAGAUAUCCUACGCAAGUGCCAUCGAGUCGAAGCGAGUGUUGGCGCUGCUUGCCACUCCCAGGACAAGCCUUCAGCCAUCCUAUCAAAUUCUGGACUUUCGCCAGAACUGGCCAGGAGCACUAUCCGCCUGAGCAUAGGAUUGCUCACUUCCAAAUCUGAAAUUGAUGAUGCAGUUCAAGACUUGGCAAAUGCAAUUCGCAUCUUGAAAGAUGGUAAAAAGAAAAAGGAAAACCAGUCUUAAAGCGAAUUCAAACUGGGAAUUUUAUAACAUUUAGAAAAUAAACCAGUGUGUUUGGA